CUUUUGGUUUCGUAGCUUCCUAUGCCUAUGUAACUAUGUUAUGUUGCGUGUGUCUCCUCUAAAUUCUCUUUCUGCUUAGUCCCUACGCUCUUGCUUUUUUGUCAGAGAGAAAGAAGAACAUUGGCAAUGGUGAAGUCUCUGAAGAAGCAAGUCAAUCUCUUCUACUCCCUUGACUGUCAAGACCUUGCUCACAAGGUUGCUCUUCAAUCUCCUCACAUCACUCUCCAGAAUAUCAGAUGGAGGUCCUUUGCUGAUGGCUUUCCAAAUCUCUAUAUUAAUAAUGCUGAAGAACUCCGAGGUCAACAUGUUGCUUUUUUGGCAUCUUUCAGCUCCCCAGCACACAUCUUUGAACAACUUUCUGUCAUAUAUGCACUCCCUCGUCUAUUUGUUGCUUCCUUUACAUUGGUAUUGCCUUUCUUUCCAACUGGAUCUUUUGAGCGAAUGGAAGAAGAAGGAGAUGUAGCAACUGCCUUCACCCUUGCAAGGAUGUUAUCAAAUAUUCCAAUUUCAAGAGGUGGCCCAACUAGUUUAGUCAUAUAUGACAUUCAUGCUUUACAGGAGAGGUUUUAUUUUGGAGAUGAGGUUUUGCCUUUGUUUGAGACUGGCAUUCCUCUCUUAAAGCAACGUCUGAGUCAGCUUCCCGAUGUCAAUAAUGUAGUCAUUGCAUUUCCAGAUGAUGGUGCAUGGAAGCGAUUCCACAAGCAGUUUGAUAAUUUUUCUGUGGUCAUAUGUACGAAGGUUCGUGAGGGUGACAAGAGGAUAGUUCGGCUCAAGGAAGGGAAUGUCUCUGGUCAUCAUGUAGUCAUUGUUGAUGAUUUGGUCCAAUCUGGAGGCACCCUGAUUGAGUGUCAGAUGCAACUGAACAUUUCUCUCUUUUUCUAUUGGUUACCACUAGAAAGUUUUAGCAGCCAAUGGUGCAGCAAAGGUGAGUGCUUAUGUCACCCAUGGUGUGUUCCCUAACCAAUCAUGGGAGAGAUUCACUCAAAAAGAUGAAACCUUGGAGAAUGCAUUUGCCCACUUUUGGAUCACAGAUUCUUGCCCACUUACUGUCAAAGCUAUAGCAAAUAAAGCUCCUUUCGAAGUAUUGAGUCUAGCUGGGUCUAUUGCUAAUGCUCUGCAAAUUUGAAGGCAAAAACUAGUGAAGGGGAAAAAUUCAGCUUUUUGAUAAAAAAGAUUCUCAACUACAAUUUUUGAUCCCUGUUUGUACUAGGACAUCCUUUCACUUGUGUAAGCAUUAUGAGCUAAAGCUCAAUGAAACCUAUGAAUUUCUUUUCUUCAGUUCUGGACUGUACUGAGUUGAUAACAUGUUGAAUUUGAUUAUUUUUGGAGAUAAUAGCUCUUUUAGAAAACUCUAAGAAAAUGUGUUUAUGAUAAUUUGAUU